CAAAGUUAAACCCUUUGGAGCUUAAACCCUCUUUUGCUGCAACUUUAAUGGGGAAAGGAGAAGAUCUAUGGGAUGAUUCUGCCCUCAUCAACGCCUUCAACGAUGCCGUUUCCAAGUACAAGAUUAUGCAUAGUAAAGGAGCUAAACUUAGCAGCAAAGAGGAGAAUUUGGCAGCUCUUGACGACGGAAGCAAUGAGCUUAAAAGCAAUGGGGAGGGAGAUGAUAACAGCAAAGUUGCACCAGAUACCACUAUAGAAAUGGGAGAUGCAAGCUACCUGCCAUCAGUAAAAGAAAAUUCCUCUUCUGAGGCAGUUCCCCCUGAAAGCCAAGUGAAUGCGCAAAACAUCCAGGAUACGGCUAUAGAGGGCAUCUGUUCACAGAGUGUAGAAGAUUACAACCAGUUGCUCAAUACAUAUUACAAACUUGAGGAUCAAAGGCAAAAGAUUUUGCAGCAGCUUAACCAGUUUGGCAUGUGGAGUUAUCGAGAUUCUGCUUCUACUUCACAAGAACAUCAAGCUUAUGCAGCACAGAGUUCACAUCCAAUAGAAUCUUCUUUCUACUGCCCAUAUGGAUGCCAAAGUUGGGUGUCUCCAUGCACCGCAUCACCUUGUUGUUUGGGUGGAAAUCAGGAUGACAAACCAUGUGAUGCUUCCGUACAAGGUGUUCAACAAAAUAACUCAUCUCUUCAAAAUUCUAAUUUGGUUAAUAUAGCAAAGGAAGCAGCAGAAAAAGUACUAUCCUCUUUAAAGCAAGCUUCUAACACGGCUUCACUGGAUUCAUUUGCAAAUGAAGGAAAACAAAUAGAGAUGAAUCCUGUUACUGCAGAGAAAGCUGCUGGUUUGGAGACGGAUUUAACUGAAGUGCUGAAUGCAUGGUAUUCUGCAGGUCUUUACACUGGAAAGUAUCUUUCCGAGCAAUCAUAUUCGAAGAAGAGCCGUGGUUAACUUUGUACUGAUCGAAUUUGGAAAUCAAAUGUUGCUGCUCUGUAGUUACCAUGAAAUAUUUUCAAUUAGUCACUGGGUCUAGGCGUUACCUAAUGUGGUCCUGUCAAAUUGACAAACGAGGAUAUUAACAACUUAACGUUUUCAAAACCUUCGCACAUUGGAUUUUGGAAGUUGUGAUGUAAGGUAUAGAUACAAAUAGAUGUUGUAUAGCCCUUCUGGUUGGUUGAGAUUUCGAUAUGUUGACAAAACUGCUACUUGGGGAUAAUUUCCAGUGGUUAUGAUCUCCAGCCGUUUCUUUUUC